UGCGCCCUCUGCCAUUGACCACGAUAACCCGCCCCUCUGAAGCCCACCUGCUGGGCCUGGGCUGCCCGCUUGCGCUACGCGGUGAACUGAGCGGAGACGAUCUAUUAUGAGUCAGCCGGCAUGCACGUCAGAAAAUACAUGGACAAGUCUUGACGUCAAUCGCCAGCCCAGUCUUUGUUGGUAAGCAGUUCAGGGACAAUGCGGCAAUUGUCCACUUCUUAGUUCUGUAAUCCCUCAAACUUCUGUCCUAUAAAGGAAGCGGAAAAGACAGGCGAUUUCAUAUAUAUGUGACCGUGAAAUACACCGGCCAGUUGUAGCCAAAGGAUUUCCAAAACUCGUCAACGCGUAGGAGCGGCAACAGUGCCCUCCCGUCACUUCCUGUCUGUGGAACGGAGUUUGCUCUGCUCUGGUUAGCAUAGUUAAUAGGCCUAUCCACGGUCAACUUUUCGGGGGGUAAAUUUCAUGUUCGUCAGUGAAUGCCACGUAUUUUCUUCGAGUAUCGUUGGGAUAAAAAUAUCUGUUGAACAAUGUACCGUGUGAACACCCUGAGGGGUCAAGUUCACACAUACGCAGCGAUUCAGAGUUGAAAGUAGUUGGACGAGAAGCCGGGGGAAAUUCUGGAGUUUUCACUGCAGCGUGGAGAUGCGACGAUGGGAUGCGUUGCGUCUGCCGUAGCGCGGGAGAAGAGCAAAGGCAAAGUGCAACCUGUUCCUUCUCCGAAAACUUUAAGAGGGGACCUCAUAUCACGCAAUGAAGCCCGACAACGGAGGAAUACAGGCAUUGCUGACCACCAAGCAAAAGCUAGUGAACAUGCCAAGACGAUCGUCUACAGCACCCUGGCAGAGAAGGAGAUGAUGUCCACCACCUCAACGGAGCGUUCCUAUCGAUCUGGGCGGGCCUUCCUAAUUAGUGCUGCGGCGAGCAUUGCGGCUGAAAAUAAUGGUACAGCCAGUGAACAGGGGUCAUCGUCCACUGUCAGUGAUGGAAACAACCCACUCAAGCCGGAGCAGCAAGGAGCUCCCACAAGGAACAAAAGCGAUGCUGUCAAGGCAACUUCCACCCGACUUCCUUAUGCUGUUCCUGAAGAGGAGUCUUUGCAUCCGAUGCACGGCAGUGCUGAUGUCAAAGGUCAAGAGGCAAGCCUGCAGAAUGGUGAUGUCAAAGUUAACAGAACUGGACCGGAGGAGAGUCGGGAUGAAACUGGCAUGGCAACCGAUGAAGGAAUGCUAGCAUGUGACAAGAACGCUGAAAAAGACAUCCAUUCCGGGACGGAUGGGAGUAGUGAUGAGCAAGAGGUCACAAUGUGUCAGGAGGCUGCCCUGGAUUCCCAGGCCAGCCAGAUUGAUGGAAAUUAUGGCUCAAAAGGUGGGAAGCCUUCAAGGGUGCACUUUGCAGAGACCAGAGCUAUGGACAUUAUAAAAUCUGAAGAGGACAGUAUUAGAGAAGAUGAAAGAACUAAUAAGCCCACGGAGAAUGGGUCCUUGACAGCAGUUGAGUAUCUGCCUGCUGGAUGAUCAAAUACCUACCUUCACCCACAUUGUAAAGAUGUAGACACUUGUGCCAACUUUGGUUUAAUCGGGUCAUGUUUUUAUUUAUUUAAAGUCUUAAAUUUACAUAGUGUACUCUCAAAAUUCCAAUGAGUGAAUAUUCACUCUAUUCGAGUGAAACUUAAAUCCCUAUGAUUGAAAUUAAGGACCAAAUGAAAUGUAGUGAAAUUUCUUCACUCUAAAAGAUUGAAAUUUCACUCGAGCUUCCUCUGAAAGGCGCUAUUUUCAGCCUUUUUCAGUCUAAAUUCAGAGUGAUUUUCACUCUAAAACGUUUUGUCCUUAAUUUUACUCUUCCCGAUUUAGAGAGUAUAUUUUUGGGACGUCACUUGCAUUUCACUAGUUCUCUGUUUUCGCCAUAAUUUUUCUCCUUUAAAACUUGAAAAUCCAGCUAAAAUUUCCUGAAAAAGGUAAGGAUUGACAGUUCAGUCAGUCUAAAUUAUCAGAGCAGAAAUAUAAAAUGAGGUUUCCAGGAUUAGAAGUGUCACAGGGUCGUCAUUUUUAAAAGCCAUGAACAUUACUCAUAAUGUAAAGUGGCGAUUUUGUGCUACAUUCUCUUAAUUACAAUGUACACUGUAUAUACAGUUCUUAAAAGGAGAAAAUUAGUGUCGCCAGAGAAAAACUGGUAUUAAUUUGUUUUGCAUUCCAAUGUGCAUCCCAUUUAAAAAACACACACUCAUUUCACACUAGAAGUUCAUGUACAUGUAGUUGCUGGAGCCAGGCACAUUAUUGGGUCGAAAGUCUGUUAUUACUGAAAGAAAAAUUGUUGCAGAUUUAGUCGGGAAAAAUAUUAUGUGACCUGUUUCCAGGAAGUGGAAUAAUUCGAUUCACCAGAAUCAGAUCUGAGAUUUGAAUCCUUUCGCUGAUAGAACAUGUGCUUAUCUUGAAAAUAGUGAAGAAAUGUGGCUGGUUUAAAGAGUACAGCUAUAAAAAUCUUGGUUUAAAAUAGGGUUAAAAUUUCACAAAACUGGACUGGUUUUUCUUGUCACUUGAGGAAGCUUUUGUUUUUUUAGAGCUUGACAUAUUUCUGAUACAUUAGCUAUUCAUUAUUGUGCUUUUUUCUUGCCAAGCAUGGUGAAUAACUCUUGAAGAAUUGUACACUGGUCUGAUUGUUAAUUCGUCAGCAAAAAACAUUUUGCUUCCCAGGCAAAGUUCAACUCUAACAUUAUUUGUGCUUUGAAUUUACAUUCGUUAUUUGCACAUGCAGUGCAAAGUUACCCCUGGACUAGAAAUUGUAAUGUUCUCAUAAUUUCAGUGCCUUAACAAGAUCUGGGCACUUUUUUUACCAAAAUCUUUACAGCUUUAAAAGAUGCACAAGGACCUAGUGGAGGCACUACUCAAUAGUUUGUACUACACUGUACACGUACAUGUAUAUUUCAUCCGCACUGUACAAUGUAUGCUUUAAGUGUUUACAUUGAUGAUCCAAUCAUGUCAUAGUUCGCACGAGUGUACAUACAUGUAUUUGCUCUGGAUAAAUAUAGCCAUUUAUGUCAACAUGGACAAAGCAAAAUAAAGACUAACAUGCAGAAAAUUAACUUUAGCACUAUUUCGACUUACCAAAGUCAGUUCACCAUACGUUUACUGGUAGCUGAAUGAUCACUAUGAAGGUAUGCUGGUUGCACUGAUGAAUUCCUGUAAUUUUUGUACUUUAAGAAUGCCUCAAGAAUUUGAUGGAAAAUAAAAUCUUGAAGUUUAGUCUCUUAAA